GCGUUAAAAUACAUAAAAAUUCUGUCAGCUACACAGGAUAGAUUUGUCUUUCAAACUAUUUUAUUUGUAUACAAUAUUUGCAGAGCAUAAAUUAAAGCAAUGGAAAAGUUCUGCCGCGUUUGCAGAGAUAACGCAAAUAAACUAGUGGACAUAUUCGACGAGCAGGAACCACAGGCAAACGAACCCAGCCUGGCUGAAAUGCUAACCGAGUGCACCAGCUGUGAAGUAAACAAAGAUGAUGCACUGCCCCAGCAAAUUUGCGAAUCGUGCAUUUCGGAUGCACGCAAUUUCUAUGAAUUCAAACGAAAAUGCGAGGAGAGUCAACAGUAUUUCUGGCAGAUGCUUGAGGCAAACAAUUUGCAACUGGCUGAAUGGGCUGAGAAUAUGAUCUCUGUAAAAAUUGAAGAACAACAAAGUGAAGAGGAUUUGACCGAUGAAAUGGAUAAAUGUGUGUACACCGACUCCCAAACGAAAGUUGAGGACACUUGGAACUCGAAUAUCUAUUCAGCUUGUCAGUUUAAAAUAGAAUGUGAUGUGAUCUGUGAAACUAAUAGCGAAAGUUUUGCCAUUGAUGAAUCUUUACCCAGCAAGAAAAUCGCCAAUUGCUGCUCCACUUGCGGCAAGGAAUUCCUAAGCAAAAAGAAACUCGUCCUGCACGAACGUUUUCAUGCACGAAAGCGCGAGCACAAGUGUCAAAUGUGCCCCAAGGAGUUUGUCAACCCAGGCAACCUGGCAGAUCACAUCAGGGCCCAUACAGGUGAACGUCCCUACAAAUGUCCGCAUUGCGUGAAGGCCUUCACCCAGCGUGGCCGACUCAAUGAGCACAUACGUACACAUACAGGCGAGCGACCCUUCAAGUGCCUGGAGUGCCCCAAGACAUUUGCUAACGCUGGUAAUCUAACGGUACAUAAGCGAAUUCACACGGGAAUGCGUCCAUAUAAGUGUAAUCUCUGCCAGGCAGCAUAUGUGCAGCCGGGUGCUCUUCAAAGGCAUAGAAGGGUUCACAUGACCGAUGAACGUCCCUUCAAGUGUGUUAUCUGCCUGAUGCCAUUUCCCAAGAGCUCAUAUCUCAAGCGACACAUGAAUAGCCAUACAGAUGAUCCCAAUUUCCUAAAAAAUAUGGGCUUGAAUCUUUGUUAAAUAUGUGCGAAAUUCCUUAAGCUACAAACAUAUUUGUUCAAUUUGAAAGAUAUCAUUUAUGGAACAACGCUGGAUGAAUACCUAAGUAAAAUUUCAGAUGAAGAUAUAU